CUCAAUUACGCGGCGCAAACCUCCCCGGGGUUUGGCAGCAGCACGGGGUGCUAUGUUUGUGCCACCAGAUCUGCCAAGCACUGAACUGCACAUCAAGCCCUCGCUGUGCUUCCUUGUUCCCAGAGAAAGCAGCCAUGAGGACUGCCCUGGUCUUCACAUGCUUGGUGGGGAUGGCAUGUGCCUUCUCGGUGAAGAGUUGGCUGCGACGAGCCAAGUCGGACGACUCGGAAGAAAACGCGGUGUUCAAGAACAGGCACCGGUAUUACCUGUCCAGAUACGCCUACUUGCACCCCCUGCAGCAGCGGUACCAGGGCAGUGACUCAUCGGAGGAAGAGGGGGACGGCUCGGAAGAGGAGGAGGAGGAGGGGGGGAAGCCAUUCCACCCUGGCACCAAGGCAGAUGGCCAUCCCACUGGAGCAGCCCCUGGAGACAGCCAGGUCUCAAUCCUCCAGCAGCAGGGCAAGGGCUGCCAAGAGCCCCUGAAGGGGGCCAGGCACAGCUUUGCUGGCAAGGGGGAUGACUCCGAGAAUGAAGACAGUGACGAGAACGAGGAAGAGGAGGAGGAAGAGGAGGAGGAAGAAGAGGUAGCCGAGAACGAGAAUGGCAUCAACGGCACGAGCACCAACAGCACUGAGGGAGCAGAAGGACCUCCUGGCAACGGCACUGCAGUGGCUGAGGAGGGCACUGGUGCAGCUGAGGAGGAGGAGGAGGAAGAGGAGGAGGAGGAGGAGGAGGAAGAAGAAGAGGAGGAAGAGGAGGAGGAAACCGAAGCCACCACCGUCGCCAGCACCACCGGUGAAGAGGGGCUGUCCCAGGCCACCACCAUGGGAGACGGGGGACCAACAGAGGCCACCACAGCUGGGGAGCAGUGGGAGUAUGAGGUGACAGCUGGAGGCCACGGCCGGGGGGACGAGGGCACCACGGAGGGCAGCUACGUGGAGCAGGACGAGUCCUCCCGUGGGGACACCUACCGAGCCUACGAGGAUGAGUACGGCUACUACAAGGGGCACGGCUACGACGUGUACGGCCAGGACUACUACUAUAACCAGUGAGGGGGUUGGUGGGGGUGGCCCUGGUGCUGCCCCCCACCUGCCCCUGCCCCAUCCCACUCAGGAACCUGCCUCCUAGGGGCUCCCUGCAGCCCCACGCCUCGUGCCACCUGGGGGGGGGGAGAGCAGGUGGUUUGUGCCCAGGCUUGUGGUGGGUUCGUUUGUGUUUUGGGUUUUUGGUGGUUUGUUUUGUUGGGUUUUUGUUUUUGUAGCUCGCAAAGCGAAAUGAAAUAAAGCAAGAGAAGUGA